UUCUCCUCUUUUCUACCAACGUUUUAUUCGGCCCGACGGCGAGCCAGCGUUCCUGGCGCCCCGCGUGCUCGAUUCCCGGGCACGUGUGUGCGAACUCUGCCUCGUGACGAGAAACGUGUUCCUAGUCGCGUGCGUUAUCCGUACCUCCGUCGUUCGCUGCUAGAUUCGUGUGGGCUUCUAGGAAGUUCGUAACCGCCUGUGGAAACACGAUAAUCUCGUGGGAGAUGUAAAAUCGAGAGUGUAGGAAAUUUCCGCGUCGAUAGGAAGAGCGAUCGAGAAUCGACCGUUUGAUAGAACCAAAGAGCAGUGCAGUGAACGAAACCAAAUUGAUACCAAAAGAGAGAAGGUUGAUCUUAUUUAAGGGAAUCAGGAGGCGGACGAUCAUUUUCUCGUGUUUCGAAAUGACGCUAACAGGGUAUCGCGCGUGUUUCGUUUGAAUAUCUAACUGUUACGACCCGAGUGUCGAAGAAAAGGAAGUAAAAGUGACGAGUGAAAGCAGGAAGAUCAAGACGGGCAAGAUGAUGAAGAAGGAGAGACCGAUGACGUCGGUGACGGCCAUCAUCCAAGGGACUCAGGCCCAGCAUUGGUCCCGCGGCAACACCUGGCUGAGCCUGGACAACAGCAAUAUGUCCAUGUCUUCUGUGGGCCCGCAGAGUCCUCUGGACAUGAAGCCGGACACGGCGAGCCUCAUCAAUGCGGGAAACUUUAGCCCUUCCGGUCCUAAUAGUCCAGGAUCCUUCAACGCUGGUUGUCACAGCAACCUCCUCAGCACGUCGCCGAGCGGGCAGAACAAAGCAGUAGCACCCUACCCGCCGAAUCACCCUCUUUCCGGAAGCAAACACCUCUGCUCCAUCUGCGGUGACCGUGCCAGUGGAAAACACUAUGGUGUCUACAGCUGCGAGGGCUGCAAAGGAUUCUUCAAGAGGACCGUCCGCAAAGACCUGUCGUACGCCUGCCGCGAAGAAAAGUCCUGCAUCAUCGACAAACGACAGAGAAAUCGAUGCCAGUAUUGUAGAUACCAGAAAUGCCUGGCUAUGGGCAUGAAAAGGGAAGCCGUGCAAGAGGAACGUCAACGUACCAAGGAGAGAGAUCAGAGCGAGGUGGAAAGUACGAGCAGCUUGCACUCGGACAUGCCCAUCGAACGUAUCCUAGAGGCUGAGAAACGGGUCGAAUGUAAAAUGGAACAGCAGGGAAAUUACGAGAAUGCAGUGUCGCAAAUUUGCAACGCCACGAACAAACAGCUGUUCCAGCUGGUAGCAUGGGCGAAACACAUCCCACAUUUUACGUCGUUGCCACUGGAGGAUCAGGUACUUCUGCUCAGGGCCGGCUGGAACGAGUUGCUGAUAGCCUCAUUUUCCCACCGUUCCAUCGACGUGAAGGACGGUAUCGUGCUGGCCACUGGGAUCACUGUUCAUCGAAACUCGGCGCAGCAGGCUGGCGUUGGCACGAUAUUCGACAGAGUGCUAUCAGAACUCGUGUCGAAAAUGCGUGAAAUGAAAAUGGACAGGACCGAGCUUGGCUGUCUUAGAUCCAUCAUACUGUUUAACCCCGAGGUCCGGGGGUUGAAAUCCAUCCAGGAGGUAACCUUGCUCCGCGAGAAGAUCUACGCAGCCCUGGAGGGUUACUGUCGCGUCGCCUGGCCCGACGAUCCUGGCAGAUUCGCGAAACUCCUGCUACGCUUGCCAGCGAUCCGAUCGAUCGGCCUUAAAUGCCUGGAACACCUGUUCUUCUUCAAGAUGAUCGGCGACGUACCGAUCGACGACUUCCUCGUGGAGAUGCUGGAAUCACGAUCAGACCCUUAGGAACAAAAGGUGUGCCGCGUUUUGGGGCACACCGACCUAUAAGAGAGAAAGAGAGAGAGAACCGGAAGGACACGUGUCACAUGUACCAUCAUCAUCAAAAGAAAAAAAAAGAAAAUAAGAAUUUCUUAUCGGUAUUCCGAUGCCCUCCUCGUCGAGAUCGUUCGACAAUUGUCACGCGUUCACCCCGAGGUGGAAUUUACUUACUCCUCUCUUCUUCUUCACCUUUUUAUUUAUGUCUCUUCGUUAGUGCAUUCUUCUGUCCGACGUAAAGGAGGUGGUUACUGGUGAUCCGAUUCGUAUCGAGAGCACAUGGAAAGUCGCAACGAUUACACUCGCAGAAUCAAAUAACGACACACCGGCUGCAGUUUCAUACCGGGGGAAUAUCGCUGCAAGAUGUUGCAGUGACAUUCCCCGUUAGAAACGUGUUUGAUUGCUGAUCAUCAAUUUGCAUCCACGUUGAACUGUACACUCCUCACAGCCACGUGGAAGUUCCUAAGACACUGUUCUCCUCCUCAUUUCUGUUGUAUUUACACGUUACGCCUCUGCCACAUACGAGUUGGUUUCUAUCUGCUUCUGCAGCCUUUUGAAAUAAAAUUGUGUACAGAUAGGGGCCUUGCGAUUAUUUUCACACGUUGGUCAACGCGGAUGCAACCAUACAUAAUAUUCAGAUCACACGUUCUCGGGUAUUUUUACAUUCCAACUUUGCCUCGAUUCGGAUCGUUAUUUGGAGAGAGCCACGGUAUAAAUAAAAUAUAUACAUACAUGCAUAAAACGGAAAGCGUUUUACACGUGUGCACUAUGAUAAUUUAUUGUUUUGUAUUUUAGAGUAUAGAGAAAGAGAUAAACUUACUAAUUCAUUAUUAACUAAAUAUAUUAUGGAUAAGCUCUUUUUAUAUGUGUAUAAGAAGAGCCAUGUGUAUGUACACGUACGUACAGGUUAUGUCUGUAAUGAAAGGCGGAAACCAUAACUGUUGGAGAACAUGCGAACAGAGAAUAUUUACAUUCAAGGUAUCAUAAAUUCUUGAUACGCUGUUAAGAGAUACUGACAUAUAUGAACAAUUUUUAUCAACUCAAAUUUCUGUGCUGUUUAUUUUUUUUUUUUGUGUCUCUUGAUUUUAAUUUUACGUCGCUAUGUGCGAUAGCGAGUGAGAUGUAAUUUGAUAUUUCUACAUUUUAUCAAAGAUUUUAUUUACUUCAAAAAGAAAAAUGUUUAAAGGAACAUUUCAGCGCACUAUAAAACGCGAGAGCUUUUAAAACAACUUCAAAGAGAUGCUUGCGAGAUGUAUGGUCUAUCCUUCUAAACCUAGAAAUAUAUGUAAGAAUUAAUUGAUUCAGGACAGGAAUAAGAUAGAAACCUUACCGUUGUUGUUAGUAAUUUACAGAACCUUUUUUAUGAUUUGAGCUGAAGGAUAUAAGGAAAUAGCACUGUUACACGUCCGCUAUAAUGAUUCAUCUUUCAUUUAGAUCUAUGGAAUUUAAAUUGUGAUUAUUAGAUACUUAUUUAAGCGAUCGUAAAAUCUAAAUUCGUGGCAAUAAAUUAUCAAAUUUUAUAGUUUAUCACCGCGCUUUAUCGGUAUGUUUAAAUAUAAAAUAUUAGAAAAAUAUAUAUUUUAUAUAAUCUGUUGAAUUUCGGUGCAUUAUUGUAGAAAUUUAUUUGUAUAUUAUUCUUUUUUAGUAAAAUAUUUCGAGAAAUUUAUUAUCGAAAUUAGAAAAUGAACAAUUUAUCUCUUCUUAGUGUCCUUCAGUUUUAGUCAUCUAUAUAAGUGACUCUAUAGCACCCUUAGCAAUUGUAAGAAACGAUCAUACUUACUUCGAUGAUAUAAAUUAUGAUAAUAUUAUAUAUUAUUAAACAUAUUUCUAUUUUUGCGUGAAUGCUUACGAUUGUUAGUUGUUGGUUAUUGUUAUCUAUUUGAUGAGAGUUUUUAAUGUUAUGCAUACCAUGAGAAAAAGAACACAUUAAAUUUCCCGAUUUUUUUUUUUGUAACACUACUGGAGUUGCUAUUCAUUUCAAACGCCUGGUAUACGAUUAUCGUUUCAAACGCAGGACAAGGUUUUAAUGAUUACACAAUUCAAUUUUCUACUAUUCUGAAUGAUUUGUAACCAAUUCAAAGCCAAAUGAUAUAAUUUAUAAUACUUUAUAAGAUGAUAAGAAAGUGGUAUUUUGUAAUCCUUGAAAUUAUUUUGUUAAUAAUUGUUCUUCUUUUUCUUUAUACUUAUUCUGAUGAUAUAAUAUCUUGACCAAAAUUACCUCUGAACAAAACGCGUUAUGCGGUCACACCUCAUCUAAUUCCUUAAAUAUAUAGAUAAAUAUAUAUAUAUAUAUGUAAUAUGAAAGAAGAAAAUAAACAGUCAAAAAGAUAUUAGGAUUGGAGGGGCGUGAAUGCUUGGCUACCUGUGAAUGAAGUUUCAUAUAAAAAUAUAUAAAUGUUAAAAUGAUGAUAUCUAUUACAUACGUAUAAUAUAUGAUUAUAUAAACAGAACUCUUUCACAAAAUAAUAAUGAGAACCUCAGUAGUGGUCAGUAGAAUAACAAAGAUAAUGGCAGGAAUUAAGAAAUAUGAUCAUAUUAUAUUUAAGGUAAGGAGAUUCAAAAGUGUUGACACUUUGGAAUGUAUUUAAAAGUCUACUAAAUAACAGCAUGCUUCUUUCUGAAGCAAUGAUAUUCAAGAACAAUGAAUUGUAUACACGAUUGUAAUUGAUGUAAACUUAAUGCUUUUGCCAUACUUCUUUGAACUAUCAUAGAAAUGGUACAAUGCUCAAAUUAUAUGUAGUAACGUUUUACUUAGUAACAAUGUCCUAGAAUGGAAGAAUAGGGUGCGUUGUAAACUUUCUGUACGAUUCAGCAGGUUAGAACGAAUGAAGAUCUAUAAUUGUUUAUAUGCUAUAUUUUUCAUCCUCAUAUAGUACUUAUGAAAAUUUUCGCUCUACGUAUUUUAUAUUUUUCUAUUCGUUCCAGCUUUUUAAACUAAAUUUGUACAUUAUUGAAAAUUUGUUAUAAUAUUUCAUCGCCGUUUUCUAGAAGUACCGAAUAAGUUUCACGCACCCGUUCUACAUAGAUCAGUACAAAUAAGUUUAUAUUAAUAGUAAUGAAUAAAAUAAUCGUUUGAUCUUACUAAAUACGUAAGAUACAUCCCACUUAAACAGUAGAAGGUUUCCUAUUAAAUAUCGUACCUUCGAUGAUGAUCUAAGCUAAAAGCCAGAUUACUAAAAUUCUUCUGUGUGUAUAAAUGUUGUGAACUUUUAUGUAUUGAUAAAUGCUACAUGAAUAACACAUUAACUCAUACGACUGCCAUUACAAUUAACUAUUUUUUGGUAUAUUAACGUGGCCCAAUAUUCCAUGUUUGAUCUUUCUUCCUUCAAAUUAAAACAACAAAAAGUUCUCGUCAACUUGUUGUACCAUUUUAUUGAGUAGAUUUUUUAUAAUUUCAUUGUAAAUCAAUGGAGGUCACCAUUGCGCAAAACCUUGUAGUUUUAAGGAUGUUAGUAAACUGCAAAUUGCUUAUCUCAUUAGAAGAAGUAAUUUAAAAAAUGGAUAGUAAUGAAUAGUUCUCUUAACAUUUUAUUACAGAAACAAUUAUUGUACUCGCAGCUUAAAGGUGUUUGUGAAUACUAAUUUUUAACACGUUGUUUUGAAAAUAACUUUCAUUUUUAUUCCUGAAUAACCAGUAACAAUAUGGUUGUGCUAAUUCAGGCAAUGUUUCUCUGUGUAAAUAAACUAUGUCUGUAUGUUGUAUGUUAAAAGCAUACGAUGUAUAUAAAAAAAUAUAUGUACGUAUAGGCUUGCAAUUCAUCUUUUACUACCUUUAAGCUGUAACCAUUGUUUCAUGACUUACUAUUGUGUAGUUCUCUUUACUAAACCAUGUGUAUGCAUAUCUAUACAUUUACAAACGUAAAUGUUCCAACAUACACAUAAAAAUUCUUACAUCAUUGAAAUACGCUUUUGUAUGUGUAAACGUGACACUUUUUCAGGUAAUGGCAUGAGACAAACUGGAAUACAAAGAAUUCUACAUUGGAUCGGUAACUAUUUUAUAAUAAAUAAGAUUAAUAUAUUCUCAAAAGGAUGUCUAAUAAUGAUGGAUAUACAAAUUAUAUAAACAUAGAAGGCAGAGAAAAAUAAAAUGUACGAGAGAAUGACAGAUGAGAGAGCGAGAUUGUUAGUGAAACAGAAUGCGAAGAAGUCGUAUUAUUGUACUUGUAAAACAGUAUGAUUAAUACUGAUCUCUGAUUGAAGAGAUAAUGUACGAUCUUGCGCCAAGAGAUAAAUCUUCUAUUCUGACUUGUCUAAAUAUAAUAUUUUUAUGAAGUCAAAA